AUGGCCACACUAGCUUCGUUGUCGAAAUUUUGCACAUAUCUUGCAAAGCCCACGGUACACACGUGCUUCCGUGUUCCCAAGCGCAACCUGAAUCUUUUGGAAUACCAAAGCAAGAAGCUGUUGGAAGAGAGUGGAGUGGCGAUACAAAACUUUCGCAUACUUGAAGGCAAAAAGGAUGCUGAAGUGUUGCAAGAUUUUAAUGUGAACGAGUACGUCGUGAAAGCACAAAUCUUAGCAGGCGGCCGGGGCAAAGGUCACUUCGAUAAUGGUUUCAAAGGUGGCGUACACAUCACGAAGGACCGCUCUGAAGUUAUUCCGCUGGUCGAGAAAAUGGUUGGCCACAAGCUCAUAACAAAACAGACGCCUAAAGAUGGUAUCCUCGUGAAAAAGGUGAUGGUGGCUGAUAGCAUCAAUAUUGUGCGCGAAACGUACCUUUCGAUCGUGAUGGAUCGCGAACAUAAUGGCCCGGUACUGAUCGCUUCUCCGGACGGUGGUAUGGACAUUGAAGCGGUAGCGGAAGAAACACCCGAUCGUAUCAAAACAAUUCCGAUCCACAUAACCAACGGAAUCUCGCGUGAGCAGGCUGUCGAUGUUGCACGGUUUCUCGAGUUUAAGGACGCGCUCGUCGAGAAAGCUGCGGACGAAAUCACAAAACUGUACGGUCUCUUCACUAAGGUGGACGCGGUACAAAUUGAAAUCAAUCCACUAGCGGAAACCGAUGACGGACGGGUCAUUUCGGUUGACGCAAAGCUUAACUUCGACGAUAACGCUCAGUUUCGGCAAAAAGACAUUUUCGCUAUGGAAGUACAUGAAGACACCGAUCCGAAGGAGAUUGAAGCUUCAAAGUACAAUCUCAACUACAUCGCGAUGGAGGGCAAUAUCGGUUGUCUCGUGAAUGGAGCCGGGCUUGCGAUGGCCACCAUGGACAUAAUCAAGCUAAACGGUGGAAGUCCGGCCAAUUUCCUGGACGUCGGUGGUAACGUUAAGGAAGAACAGGUGCUAAAGGCUUUCCAAAUCCUUACCUCGGAUGCGAAUGUGAAAGCGAUUUUGGUGAACGUGUUUGGUGGUAUCGUAAACUGUGCUACUAUCGCUAAUGGUAUCGUGAACGCUACCAAAACGAUGAACCUGCAGGUGCCACUAAUCGUUAGGCUGGAGGGAACGAACGUCCAGGCAGCAAAGAAGAUUCUGGAACAGUCCGGACUAAAGAUUGAGUCCGCGUAUGAUCUUGAUGAGGCAGCGAAGAAAGCAGUUCAAUCUAUUUGA